UCGACUCGCCUCGGCUCCAUUCGGUCCGAAUCGAACCGCUUCGUCCCGUCCCCCACUCGCCCGUCGCAGGGCGGCACCCAAACCCUAACCCGCAGAUCCCUCCCCUGCUCCGUCUCUCCCCCUCCCGCGCGGCCUCUCCUGCAGCUGUUCCGGCCACGCGCCUGCAUCCGCCGCCGCGCGAGGUGCAAGUGCAAGAGGUGAUUGCGGGAUAUAUGAAGUAGUGGGCGUUGAAUGACCUUCUCUAUGGAUUUGAAUGCAUCACCGUUGCCCGAAGAAGAUGAGCAGCAGGCUUAUGAAGAGCCAGUUGAGUAUGCUCAGGAGGAACGUGUUGAGUCUGCUGUCACAAUAAUGCGAAGGGAGCGUGAAGAGAGACGCAUGCGACUAAAGAGAGAGCAACCGGAUGAAGGGUCAAGGCUACAUGCCCAGCAGAUUAGGAAUGAUUAUGUUCCUCAAAACAAAAGAAAUAGUCGCAUCAAAGAGACACCUCAGGGCUGGUUGGACUGUCCUGCAUUUGGAGAGCCGAUAGAUAAAAUUAUACCAUCCAAAGUUCCUCUUGAUGAAACAUUCAAUGAGUCGGUGCCUCCUGGGAAGCGAUACUCCUCGAAGCAACUAGUUAAUAAACAAAGAAAAGCUGGUCGUGAAAUAGGUCUGGUGAUUGAUUUGACAAAUACUACUCGGUAUUAUUCAUCAGCAGAAUGGACGAAGCAAGGUACUAAGCAUGUCAAGAUUCCGUGCAGGGGAAGAGAUGCGGUACCUGACAAUGAAUCUAUUAACAUGUUUGUCUAUGAGGCGAUGAUGUUCCUUGACCGACAAAAGCAAUCAAAGAAUCCUAAAUAUAUUCUGGUUCACUGUACCCAUGGUCACAAUCGUACAGGUUUCAUGAUUAUUCAUUACCUUAUGCGCACACAUGUCUCUUGUGUUGCUGAGGCAAUAAACAUGUUUGCUCAAAGGAGACCGCCUGGCAUAUACAAGAGGGACUACAUUGAAGCACUGUAUUCAUUUUAUCAUGAGGUCCCCGAGAAUAUGAUGAUAGCAUGCCCUUCAACACCAGAAUGGAAGAGACCUGAUGAUCUCGAUUUAAAUGGCGAAGCUAAGCAGGACGACGAUGAUGAUAAUGGUGAUCGUGCGCCACCACAUAAUGAGUCAGAGGACAAAGUUAUCACUAAUGACGAUGUGUUAGGGGAUGCCGUUCCAUAUGAUCAACAAGAAGCUUUGCGUGUCCUAUGUUACCGGUUACUUGAAAUGCCCGUUGUAAGAGGGCACACACAAUUUCCAGGAUCACAUCCGGUCUCUCUUAACAGUGAUAAUCUGCAACUACUUAGACAGCGAUACUACUAUGCUACAUGGAAAGCUGAUGGAACACGGUAUAUGAUGCUUAUAAUGAGAGAUGGCUGUUUCUUGAUUGAUCGGAAUUUUUGCUUUAGAAGAAUUCAGAUGCGCUUUCCCCAUAAGAACCUCGAAGGUCUGCAUGACAUGACCUUGAUUGAUGGAGAAAUGAUUAUAGACACGGUACCAGAUUCAGGAUUGAAGAGGAGGUACUUGGCAUAUGAUCUAAUGGCACUUGACGCAUUGUCCAAAACCAAGUUGCCCUUUUCUGAAAGGUGGAGAAUGCUGGAAGAUGAAAUAAUACGGCCACGUUAUUAUGAGAAAAAGCAGUUUGAGAGUGGUGCUAAGAGCAAUCCAUUGUACAAAUAUGAUAUGGAACUAUUUUCGGUUAGGAGAAAGGAUUUUUGGCUGCUCUCCACAGUAAAAAAGGUGCUUAAGGAGUUUAUUCCAUCACUUUGCCAUGAUGCUGAUGGCCUUAUAUUUCAGGGUUGGGAUGAUCCAUAUGUAACUCGUACUCAUGAAGGUCUUCUAAAGUGGAAAUACCCUGAGAUGAAUUCAGUCGACUUUUUGUUUGAGCUUACGAAUGAUAAUCGUCAGCUAGUUUUCCUUUAUGAGAGAGGCAAAAAGAAACUUAUGGACGGUGCUCGAAUAGCAUUUCCAGGCGAAAUAGAUCCAUCCUCUGUUGCUGGGAGGAUUGUUGAGUGUUCUUGGAAUAAGGAAGAACAGUGUUGGGUCUGCAUGCGUAUUAGAUCCGAUAAAUCAACCCCAAACGACAUCAACACAUACCGAAAGGUGAUGAGGAGCAUCACAGAUAACAUCACUGAAGAAAAGCUUCUCGAAGAGAUCGAUGAGAUCAGGCGCCUCCCGAUGUAUGCCGAUAGGAUAGCACAGGCUCAUGCGAAGAUGGCCCAACAUCGGCGGAGAUGAAAAGUGCCACUAUAGUGAGUGCUAGUCUCGUUGCUACAGCGCUGCUACCGCCUCUGGCCAGUGGCUGGUUCCAGUAGCUGUGUAAUUAGUAGAGGUUGUUUCAGUAGGACCCUAUGAUGAUGGCUGGCUGGCCAGCCAACUAAUUCUUUGCAACUCAUUUGUGUAUAGGCGUCGCCGCAGAGUAGCCCUGUAAAUCGUGUAUCCUAUGUUCCUAUAUUCUCUCCUAUGGUUUUAUUUGCAUGGGUGUAGAAUAGCGUUUAACAAGAGGGAGUGUGUUCUUCUAGGUGUAUGUAACCUGUCUCGUUGCCUUGUGCUAGAAUAAAUGUAGGGUGCACUGGGUUGGCAUCUCCUGCAUAAUGGGUUCAGUUCAUGAGUUUGUCUUCUAGGUGUAUUUUCAUUUGUGACGAUGUCAUGUGGUUCAUGCAUGUAAUGGGUUCAGAAUGCUGCGUUCAUGAGUUUUUGGUUCA